GCAACUUACAUUUCCCAUAAAUGUAAAGGAUCUUUUCCAUCCUUCUGCAGAACUUGCGAGAGACGAAACAGCAACCACUCAACAGAGUCUCAUUUUUCAGGAUGGCAAACUGUCAGUGUGUAAUAAUAAGAUUGAAAUUUGCGGGGUCUUUCUUCCUAUACAGCGCAGAGAUCAGUGCAAAUGGCAAUGGAGGUAGUUAUUGAUUGGUCCAGCCACUCUUGCUGAAGCUUACGACCCUGUGCUGUCUUUCCUCCAGCAGUUUAGCCCAGAAAGAAUCCGUGGCACCACUCAGACUCAUUAGACUAUCAGUACCAUGGCACCAUCACAUACCCCGACUGCUGAACCUUCCGCAGUUUCUUAUUAGUGACAGUGCGUCACUAGAGGAAUCGUUUACGCACGAGCCAAUACAGGCACAAGGCGACGAUUGAGAUUUUCUGAUCUCCUUUUGCGCCAUGGAGAACUCCAGUCUGCCGGGUGGAAGUGCGCAAAGUGCUGGUUCGGCGGACUUUAUUACUUUAAAGCAAGUGGAUUCUCAGGAGGAGGGUGUCAUGAAGGGAUUAGGAGCGUUCGGUCGUGCCGUGUUUCUCCAAGGCAGCGGUUACAGGACUGUAGCCGAGUUUAUGGCCGUUCUCCCGACGGAAACCUCUCACCUGAUGCCUGCCUUCUGGGACUCCCCGCUCAGUCACGGCAUCAAUGUGUUCGUCGGACUGGUACUUUGCUUCACUAUGUUGGGGCUGGGCUGCACGGUGGAGAUCAGCCAGCUCGGACAACAUAUCCGCCGACCCAUCGGGGUGCUGCUGGCUCUGGUGUGUCAGUUUGUUAUCAUGCCACUAGUGGCUUUUCUUUUGGCGCUAGCCUUUUCUUUGGAUGAUGUGGCGGCGAUGGCCGUGCUCCUCUGUGGCUGCUGUCCUGGAGGAAACUUGUCAAAUAUUAUGUCUCUACUUGUGCACGGAGAGAUGAACCUAAGCAUCAUCAUGACCAUAUCCUCCACUCUGCUGGCGCUCGUUUUGAUGCCGCUCUGCCUCUGGAUCUACAGUCGAGCCUGGAUCAACACCCCUGUGGUUAACCUCCUGCCCUUUGGGGCCAUCAUACUGACACUUUGCAGCACCCUCAUCCCCAUUGGGUUUGGAGUUAUGCUUAGGUACCGCUACACGCGAGUGGCGGAUAUUGUUUUAAAGGCUUCUCUGUGGUCUUUGUUGUUCACCCUCGUGUUACUCUUCAUCCUGACUGGAGCAAUGCUGGGGCCAGAGCUGCUCUCCACCAUCCCGCCUUCUGUCUACGUGGUGGCUGUGCUGAUGCCUCUGUGCGGUUACGCUGCAGGUUACGGGCUGGCAGUGCUUUUUGAAUUGCCCCCCAACAGUCGCAGGGCCGUGUCUCUGGAGACGGGCUGCCAGAAUGUGCAGCUGUGUACGGCUAUCCUGAAGCUGGCCUUCCCUCCUCAGCUGAUGGGGGGGAUGUACAUGUUUCCCCUGCUCUACGCCCUGUUCCAAGCAGCCGAGGCUGGGAUUUUCAUCCUGGCCUACAGGAUGUACAGGAGGGAGGUCCUCCAUAAACCAGAUCCCAUGGUGGACGGUGAGGACACGGACAUAAAUUAUCAAAGGUUUGAAGACGAGGACUUUGAACCGUCAUAUGGUGCGGUGACAGUGAGCGACCCAAACACCAUCAUGCUGGAUCCUUGUCCUCCUGAUCCAACUCCAGUGUAAUCCGCAUAAAAAUAAUAAUUAUCCCCCCCCCCCCCCCCCGCUGCUCCACUAUGGAGGGCCAAAACUGCCAACUUGAAAAAAAGAAAGAAAAAACGACAAAACAUAUAGAUAUGACUCAGUAAUUCAAUAGGAAUUGAAUUAAUACUUAAACAUAGAAAUCAAUACAGUUAUAAAAUAAAUAUUUGUUUUUGUUCUCAAUAUGUCACUUAGUAUUAUAGUUACCACAUUUUAUUACUUUCAUUCAUUUUGACUUUUAUUUUAUAUUUAUUUAAUGAUAAUUUUUAUUAUUUAUCUAUUAUUUGACUGUAUUUUUAGCCAAAUGAACUUUUAUCUAAUACAGUUCCUUUAAUGGCCACUUGAGGCCAUUACCAACAGACAUCACCUGUUGGUUUCUGAAGUCUCAUUUUGAAGCCUGAGGAUGUGGUUCCGCAAUCGCCAGCUUAAUUGCAAAAAUCCAGAUAUGAUGAGAUAACGGGUCUGACUGUGAAACCGCAUGCUCAUUGGCUGACUUGUGGCUACAUACCACAGAUAUCCUUCCAUUCUGUUUUGCUUAUAAAACAGACUUUGGUUUUUAUUUUUUAGCAUGACCCAAAAUGAGUGACUGAGACCAUAAACUCAGCAGGAAAAUCAGAAAGUCAUUUUCCCACAGAACUCUAUAAAAUUAAGUGACUUUUCGAAACCACAGCUAUCGCCAUCUGGUGGCCUUCAAGUAGGAUACAGAUAUUUUGGCACUUCUGCAUUGGCUUUAUUGUUAGACCCGGAGGUUACGUCCAUCUUUGAUACAUGUGUAUGAUUUAAAUUGGUUGAUUGAAAUUUGGGUGUUUUAUUCGUUUCUUGCUUAAGAUUAGCAGGGAUGCGCACCGUUAGCUCCUCGCAGACUCUGUGCCGUGUUAUUGUUUAUGAGCUUUUGAUUGGCCAACAUUUUUUGAAGGUUGGUGUUAUAUCGCCACCUGUUGCUUUAGCAUGCUCUUGACUGCACUCGAGAUUGUUUUUGCAUUUUCAUGUGGAAGGAGACAUUUUUUUAAGACAAACUCAGAAAAAUCUUGUUUUAAAAAGUACCUGCGUAGCUAGCCUUCACACAUAAGCUUUCCUUUUUCUAAAUGGGUCACCCUCCCUCAGCCCUCCCAUUUAUCCAGGCUUUGGAAUAGCACCGGGAAUACAAUAGCUUGUGACCUCGCCUUGGAAAAAUGUAGGGCUAGGGGUGCGUUCUCCUAGUCUCAAAAUGGUGAUCUUGCACAUGUAAGGUGAAUGUGUUAACCACUACACUAUGUUGUUAUAUAAAUCUGGAAACUUCAACCGCUGAUAAAGCAUAUAAUCUAAUUACUGAGUCAUUUAUUGACUAAUUUCCUUAUUUUUAAUUUUGGCAGUUAUGACCUUCCAUACAUACUAUGACGCAGGGAAGGAGAGGCGUUCAGAUGGAUUUAUCAUUUCAUCGCUGUUAUUCAUAAAAAGACAUUUUCAUCCUGUUAAAAUGUUAACAUGAUUGCUAAAAGGGUGCUUUAUGUCCUGAGCUUAACUCGUUCAUCCUAACCACUGAUGUCUCAUUUCGUGAUAUAAAAAAACCCAAAAGAAACAUGACUUCAAAGUUGCAUUAGUGAAGCAGGACAGUGUUUCGUUUCAGUGCUUUAAGUGUGUGUGUGUGUGUGUGUGUGUGUGUGUGUGUGUGUAAGAGAGACUAAAAGCCAUUUUAAAAACAUAUCAGACUGAUUCAUGUGCAGAUUUCCCAACAAGCCUGUGCCAAAACUUUAGCUUACCUGUGCU